AGGAAUUAAUCCUGUAUCAAAAGAAUCAAUGGAAAAAGCAUAUAAAUGUUUGGAUGUUCCCACCAAUUUAUCAUCACCAUCUACUAAUUCCAAUAAUAAUCUUUUGGGAAUAUUUGGAUUCUCCACUGGCUCUGGAAGAGAAAUUAAUCCUUUAUCAAAAGAAUCAAUAGAAAAGGCAUACAAGUUUUUGGACAUUCCUACUGAUUUAUCAUCACCAUCUACCAAUUUCAAUAAUAUAUCAAAUAAUCCUUCAGGAAUAUCUGGAUUUUCCACUGGCUCUGGAAAAGGAAUUAAUCCUGUAUCAAAAGAAUCAAUGGAAAAAGCAUACAAAUGUUUGGAUGUUCCCACCAAUUCAUUAUCACCAUCUACUAAUUCCAAUAAUAUAUCAAAUAAUCCUUCAGGAAUACCUGGAUUUUCCACUGGCUCUGGAAGAGGAAUUAAUCCUGUAUCAAAAGAAUCAAUGGAAAAAGCAUAUAAAUGUUUGGAUGUUCCCACCCAUUCAUUAUUACCAUCUAUUAAUUCCAAUAAUAUGUCAAAUAAUACUUUGGGAAUAUCUGGAUUUUCUCCUGGCUCUGGAAGAGGAAUUAAUCCUGUAUCAAAAGAAUCAAUGGAAAAAGCAUAUAAAUGUUUGGAUGUUCCUACCCAUUCAUUAUUGCCAUCUAUUAAUUCCAAUAUUAUAUCAAAUAAUACUUUGGGAAUAUCUGGAUUUUCCACUGGCUCUGGAAGAGGAAUUAAUCCUAUAUCAAAAGAAUCAAUGGAAGAAGCAUACAAGCAUUUGGAUGUUUCUGAACAAUCUUCAAAUAUCAGACCUUUAAAAGAUAAUGAUAUAAAAAAGUUUAGAAAACCUAUAAAAAGUAUUGAAAAUAAUAAUAAUAAAAACAACAACAAUAGUAAUAAUAAUCUAUUAAAUGAAACACCUAGUAAUAUAAAGAAAUCAAAAAAAAAUCGACAUUCAAUUAAAUAUGAUUCAAAUAUUUAUAAAUCACCAUCAAUCAAAUCUUCUCAUCAAUCUAAUUUAAAAUCAAGAACUCCACUCAAAUCAUUGCAUUCAUUACAAAAUAUUAAAAAUUUGACACCUCAAUCUAAUAAAAAUAAUGACAACAAUAAAAGAAAAUAUAAAAAAAAUAUAAAAUCUUCAUCUUUAUCAUCACAGACAACAAUCUCUUCAUCAAUCAAUAAUAAUAAUGAUGAUGAUAAUAACAUUGGCACCAAAUUCUUUGAAUUAUCAUCAUCUGUACCUAGAAAUGUUAUGGGAAACUUGGUAUAUCAUCAUCCUUUGAAAUUUACUGAACAAAAUUUAUUAAAUUUUGAAAUACCAACAGAUGCUUUAUAUAUAAAUCCAUCAAAUGCCACUCAUUAUAGAUUCACUUGGCCAAGACUUUUUUCAAAAUCAGAUUCCCAACCACAACAAAAAACAUGGGGCCCAAAUGAAGCAUUAUCAUGUUUAAUUGAGUGUGGUGCUAAUCCUAAAUUGAUAGAUGAACAAUGGGUGCUAAAUCAUUACAAAUGGAUAGUAUGGAAAAUAACUAGUAUGAUUAGAUCUUAUCCUUAUUUGUUUCGUGACUGGCUAUCAUCUGAUACAGUACUUGAUCAGUUAAGAUAUAGAUAUGAAAGAGAAAUAAAUCGUGCACACAGAUCUUCUAUUAAAUUAAUUGUAGAAGGUGAUACUUCACCAUCAUGGCCUAUUGUUCUUUGUGUAUCAGAUAUAAUUGAUGAUAAAAUUCCUAUUGAUUCAAAACUUUCACUUGAAUUGACUGAUGGCUGGUAUAAGAUUCAUGCAUGUAUUGAUCCACCAUUACAACGAGCUAUAAUGAAAUCCAAAAUAAAAAUAGGUAGCAAACUUGAAAUUUGUGGUGCAAAAGUUUAUGGAGAGUCUGUUGGCAAAACAUCA